UUCCUGAAAGGCAUACAUUUGUCCUAAUAGAAAUAUUUGUUCAUGGUCCAUCUCUCUCCAACAGGCUCAUAGUGAUAUUAACCGAAGAUUGGCGAUUUGAUCUGAUCGGCAAAAACUCAUCACGAGGUGUAGUGGGCCAGCUACAAUCCAAACAGGUCGAUUUUGUGACCACUCCCUUUGGACUCACGACGGAGCGUAUUGCAAUCUUCGAAACAACCAUCGAAAUAGCGCACGGAACGUACGAGUCUUAUGGGGACACUACACUGCACACUGUUAUCUCCAUCUCUCACUCUCUCUUUCUGUCUUUCCCGCAGCUUCUACACCGUGUUCCGGCAUCCGAAAAGUUUGAACAAUAGCAACAUCUUCAUGCUUCCGUUCACGAAUAUUGUUUGGCUUGCUAUUAGCCUGAUCUUUGGCGCGGUAGCACUACUGAUCGCGCUGCUGAUCGUCUGCAUUCACCGGACAGGUCGCAGUAGAUCAACUCUCGACUGGCUGGUGGAACAGUCGCUGCUCGGUACGCUGGGGAUGGUGUGCCAGCAGGGCAUCCACCAUCGCAUCAUUUGGUGGAGCUCGAACCAAGUGCUGGUACUGGUCGCGAUGUGCUCCUCGAUGAUCCUGUUCCAGUUUUACUGCUCCUUCAUCGUGGGCUAUCAGCUGAUCACACCGCCAAAGACGAUCAACACGCUGCAGAAGCUGGUGGACAGCGAGAUAAAGAUGACGGUCGAGAAUCUGAGCUACCACCGUGACUUUUUUCUCGUAACGCUGAGGGGAGCGAGACGUACCAACAAUCCGGCCGCUUUGAAGCUGUACGAAACGAAGGUUCUGCCCAACAGGUAUGGAGGAUUCGUGAACCUGUCGUUCGGUAUGCAGCUGGUCCGGCAGGGCGGGUAUGCGUUUCACUGUGAAACUUCGUACGGCAAUGCACUCAUCAUAGAUACGGCCCAAAACGCCUUUACAGAAACGUUCACCGAACGGGAAAUCUGUGAUCUGCAGCAGGUCCAGCUCUAUCCCCAGCGUCCCGUCCAUCUGCCCCUGAUCAAGGGCAGCCCGUUGCGGGAGCUGUUCAAGAUUAACCUGCAGCUGAUCAAGGAAAGCGGCCUGCUGGCGUACCAUCACGCGCGAUACUAUACGCCCCGGCCCAAGUGCAACAAACAGAGCAGUACGCACACCGAGCAGAUCCAUCUGGCGGAUGUGAGGUUCGCGUUUGUACUGCUGGCCGCUGGUAUGGCCGCCAGCGCAGCAUUACUCGCAUCGGAGCUUUUGUUCUUGCGCCUUCGUACCUGGUGGCACGAGCGGCAGAUACGAGCCAUUCCGGCGGGGUUCCGUUGGCUUAAUUAAACAGGCACAAUGACGAUGGGCGUAGAGGGGCGGCUUCCAGGUGCCCCUUCGAUAUGGGAUGUUUGGCUCAACAUGCAACUAUCCACCCAUCUCAAAACGGAAAGAAACUGGCAUACAUUCCAGCACCAUAUUUAACAAACUCCUGCGGGUAAUCACAACACUAUGAACUCGUCAGCACAUGUGUUAUCCUUAGAAACUACCGCACACAGCACUACUUCUUUAUCAAAACCACUUAAUCGUUGACUACCCCGAACAAGCCCGUUGGGCUACAAACAACACGUUGCAUGUUAAACGCAAAUACACGAGAACUAGUCUUCAACGCUGCCGUUUAUUUCGCUACUUCCUCCGA